CUGUGGCUUGGCCAGGAACCACAUGGAGAGGACCCCUAGCUGGAUGACAGAGUCCCAGGGUGGACUCCCUUUAGGGAUGGACUCUGGAAGCUCCCAGCCAGGGGGGAAGGACAUGACAGAGGCAGGAGGUGAGCAGGAACUUCGGUGGGUGGAACUGGGCUCAGAGGAGGCCCUGGGAGCCAGGACAGAGGGGCCCAGUGACCCACAAGCCUGGGGCCUCCUGCUGCAAGCUGUGUGGAGGGGUCACCUUGGCCUGGCCAGGAAGCUACUGCGUCAAGGGGCCAGCGUGGAAGAGAGAGACCACAGGGGCAGGACCCCGCUCCACCUGGCGGUGCUGCGCGGCCACGUGCCCCUGGUGCGUCUGCUGCUGCAGCGAGGGGCAGCCGUGGGAGCGGCCGACCACGCGGGGCGCACUCCACUCCACGAGGCCGCCUGGCAUGGGUCCUCGUGGGUGGCCGAGCUCCUUCUGCGGCGGGGGGCCCUGGCGGCGGCGCGCUCGGGGGCUGGCCUCACCCCGCUGCACUGGGCCGCGGCGCUGGGCCGCACGCUGCUGGCGGGGCGCCUGCUGGGCGCGCCGAGCCCGGGCCCCGCGUUGGCGGAUGCGCGCGGCUGGACGGCGGCGCACUGGGCGGCUGCGGGCGGACGGCUGCCGGUGCUGGAGCUCCUGGCGGCGGACGGCGCGGGCCUGGACGGCGCGGGCCUGGACGGCGCCCUGCUGGUGGCGGCCGCUGCUGGGCGCGUGGCGGCGCUGCGCCUCCUCCUAGCGCUCGGGGCGCGGGUGGACGCCCGGGACAGCGCGGGGACCACGGCGCUCGGCGUUGCGGCGAGUCUGGGCCGCAGGCAGGACAUGGAGGUGCUGCUUGACCAUGGGGCAGACCCCAGCCUCAAGGACAGGCACAGUCGCUCUGCACUCCAUAGGGCUGCUGCUGGGGGGCACCUGCCUGCUGCCCAGCUGCUAGCUGCCUGGGGAGUGGAGGUGGAUGCUCGAGACUCAUUGGGACUCACACCCCUACACCAUGCUGCCCGGGGAGGCCAUGCAGAAGUUGCCAGCCACCUUCUGGACAGGGGAGCGCAGGUCAAUGCCACUGGAUGGCUCCAUAGCACCCCCCUUCACCUUGCCAGGGAGCAUGGCCAUGGCCCCACUGCAGACCUUUUGCUGAGCCGAGGGGCUAGCCCCACCCUGAGGACACAAUGGGGUGAAGUGGUCCAGGACCUGGUGUCCCUGGAGGCUUGCGCCAAGAGCUGCCCACCUUUUGCAGAGAGCAGGAGUGGGAGGGGCACAUAG